AGGGGGCGGCGCUUAUUGCGGCCUUUAGAAAAAAAAAACCCUCAAGCCAUCUAGAUUUUUUCAAUGGAAACCGCCCAGGUUUAUUCUAUGCAUUAUUAAAUAAUUUACUUUACAAACUAUAUCUCGAAUCCUGGCAUCUCUAUAGACGGCCUUAUUGUUUCCAGGAGCGGUUCUAAAGGAUUUAAGUGGCAAUGGAGGGGGUCCAGCAGAAUAACAGUAAUGGCUCUGAUCAAACUGUUGCCAUCCCCACUACUAUAACUGCCUCUCACAUAUCACAGAUAGCACAGAUGUCUCUGGGUGGGAAUCCAGUGGCUGUGGUUCAGCUGCCCAGCGGUCAGUUCCAGGUUCAAGGUGUGAUUCAGUCAGCGCAGUCAUCGGUUAUCCAGUCUCCACUAGCACAAGCACAGGGCCAAGGAUCUGACAGUGAUGAUUCUCAGGAAUCAAGCGACAGCGGAGCAUCUAACCAGAAGUCAAGAGAGAUCUUGGCUCGGCGUCCAUCCUACAGGAAGAUUCUAAAUGAUCUAUCAGCUGAGGAAGUGGCGACUCAGAAUGAGGGAGAAGAGGAAAGCUCCACCUCCUCUGCCAUAACAAGCGUCUCACUCCCAACUCCGAUCUACCAGACAAGCACUGGCCAAUAUAUUGCGAUUUCAUCCAAUGGCUCUCUGCAGCUGGCCAGUGCUGGUUCAGAGGGUGUGCAAAGCCUGCAGACUCUCACCAUGACCAACUCUAACCCAAGCCAGCCAACUAUCCUGCAAUACGCUCAGACCGCUGACGGACAACAGAUUCUGCUGCCUAGUAACCAAGUGGUGCUCCAAGGUGCAGGGGGAGAAAUGCAAGCUUAUCAGAUCCGCUCUUCUUCCUCCUCGCUGCCUCAGACCGUCGUCAUGACAUCACCCGUUAUCAGCUCUCAGGGCAAAAGCGAUGACCCGCAAAUGAAGAGAGAGAUACGCCUGGCGAAGAACAGGGAGGCAGCCAGAGAGUGUCGCAGAAAGAAAAAGGAGUAUGUGAAGUGUUUGGAGAACCGCGUGGCAGUCCUGGAGAAUCAGAACAAGACUCUUAUCGAGGAGCUCAAGACAUUAAAGGACCUGUACUGCGUUAAAACUGGCUAGUGGGACAUCCAUCCAAUCAUGCUAAUGGGACUUUGCUGGCAGACCUGUCUGCCUAUGUGCUUAUACAAACAAAGACACAGGGACUUUUUUUGGCAUGGGGGAUGCAUUUAAUCCUCAUGUCAAAUGCUUGUUUUUAUACAACUCAUUUUUAACUAAUAGCCUAAGAACGAUUGACCAGAAACAACAGCAACUGUUAUGAUUUUCAGGAUAGAUGGAAAGAGGGAUACGCUUUUCCAUUAACAUUUUUAUUUGCAGUCAUCAGAUGUUUAUAUUUGUGUAUGUAUCUUGUGCAAGCAUUGGCACGUCUACACUGGGAGAUCUCGCUUUAUUCUUGACCCAUUUGGUUUCCAGGGAAUAUUGAAUGUUAAUGUUAUUUGAAGCGCUAGCUGAAUUUUUCUUUAUCCAGAUAGAAGACUGGUAUUUUUACACCUUAUCUCAGAUGCGCUUGUACGUAUGAAAAUUGUGACGCGAUUGUGUUUUUCAUGAAGUCAUGCAGAUGUGUUCUUUGCAUUUUUGCUAUUUUCCCCUUCUUAGGAAGCUCUGGUAUUCUUAUCCCCAUUCCGUAUUUUAUUUCAAUGAGUUUUAGUGAGAUGUUUUCUACAGAGACAGCAGAAUUUAAGGUGAGGACUUUCAGCUUUACUAUUAUGGGUAACAUGAAACAGUGGUAAGCUCAUUUAAGCUUUAUUCUGGAUUGAUAGACUAAUAUUGUAGAAUUCAAACCCAUGUCCUUUCUAGUCCAGGUCUUUGUAAUAUGUCUGAUUGGUCUUUAAGCCAUAUACACACUUAGGUUGGGACCGUUGUUGGUAAUAGGCCUGAGGCUUACCACUGUUUAUAAGCCAAGCUGUUACAAGACAAUCGAAUCAGGGAGUAUACGAUGAAAAAAAAAAAAAACACAAUGUCACUUGUUUUUGCUAAAGUGAAUCUAAAUAAAUAUUUUUCCAGCCUU